GAUCAGGCCCGCCCCCCCCCGUCUCGCCCCUCUCAUCGAGCCUGUUACCUUUCCCUCCUGGGCAUUGGACCGGGUCCAUCGUCAUUCAUCACGCCCGCAGCAGGCGGCUCUCUGUGCAGCGCUCUGCACAUGGAAGAGGGGUUUGGUGGGAGCCGCGCGUGGUCCCUCCUGGCUUGUUCCCCAAAAAAAGGAGAGAGCCAUUUCGAACUCGCAGACCUGUCAUCAUAGCAACGCUGCCAGCAUCAUCCAGCGUCAGCCAUCGUCGUCAAAGCACCGCUCCCGCAUCAUCGCCGCCGCGUCUCCUUGUCCCUCACCCGCCCUAGCCGCCCCUCUCUGUCCCUCGGGCCCCUUGCUGGCUGCUGUCUGCCCGUCCAUCCGUCCGUCCGUUCUCUACCCGUCCGGUCGCCGGCUCUGCUGCUGCUGUUGUGCCGUCGCGACUCGCGACGCCCACUCACACCUCACUCACACACACGGGCGUUCGUUGACACACCUCCUCUCCACCCCCCCAGUCUGCGUUCCCUCCCGUGUCCCCUUCCCUCUUCUCCCCCCCCUCCGGGACGGCGACAGCAUCGUCAAGGAUGCCGAGCUUCGGUCGCUUGAGCAAGCACAGCAACCGUUCGCAGCACGCAUUAGCCGAGCCCCCGCUGCCCGCUGUCGCGCCCGUCACUGGCCCCGGGUCAGGCUCUGCCGCUGCUUCGGGCUCGGGCCCAGGCGCAGCAGCCACGGUCCCUGCGCCUACCGCCAGCAGUACAAGUCAUAAUAAUAGCACCACCACCGCCGCCGGCGCAGGUGCACCGCCAGGCCAGGCCGACUCGCCAGUCGACACAACCCCCCAAUCAGCCUUGUCCUCCACCGCCGGCCUCAGCUCCAACGAGCACUUUGUUGACGCCCAGCAACACCAACUUUCACAGCAGCCGCAACACCCAACGGCCUCAUUGCCGUCGUCGUCGUCGUCGCAGCAGCAGCAGCCGCCGCCGCCGCCGCACUCGCAGCAGCACGCGAAUUUUUACGGCCAUCAGUCGGCUGGCGUGAGGCUCCCGCCGCUGCAGACCUCAUCUGACGUCGCUCACGGCGGUUCGCCCGUUUUUGAUGCUCGUCACCAGCACCCUGCGACCCCCAUCGACUUUGCCGACGCUGCUGCAGUCAGCCGCUCCCAGAACCAACGCUACGACCCAUCCGCUCACCACCUAACUCAACAGCACCACCAGCAGCACCCCCAGGUCUACGGUAUCGCCUCCGGCUCCAUUGAGGACCUGCCGAGCGCGGGGACCUACCAGCCGUCCCCAAUUGCAACAAACGCUCCCGAGAAGCGGUCCACGCGCAAGCUGUUCAAGGGCUUCUUCGGCUCUGGUCGGAGCUCUCACGACCCCGCGCCUCCGCAGCAACACGGCCACGCUCACCAAGGCUCCUACGAUAACACCGCCGGACUUGCACGCAGGCCGUCCAAGAGAAUAAGCAACCCUCCUCCCAUCAUCAAGACUGGGAACCUGCCGCAGGCCACCCAGCACCAGCAGCACCAGCAGUCCAGCUCCGACCGCGACUGGUACCAGGGUCCGCCUAGCCAACAGCCCUCACCACUGCACGACCUGGGCGAGGUGGACGAGUACCCGUAUUCUGCCCAAGAGUCUAACCCCCAAAUUCACCCGCAGGACUCGAGGAUUGUCUAUCCGAGUACGACCAUCCGCCAAGUUUCUCGCGAGCAUCUCGACACGUCGCCCUACGACGAGGAGCUGUAUCAGGCGUCGGACCACCUGCCCCACCAAACCCACCAGCACCAUCAGCAGCAGCACCACCAGCCGCAGCCGCUGCAACGUCAGGGAACGCUGCACCUUCAGGACCAACAAAUCCACUACGAGCCCCAGCAGCAGCAACCACAACCACAACCACAACAACCACCACCACCGCAACAGCAGCAGCAGCAGCAGCAGCAGCAGCAGACUGCGACGUACGACCUGCAGCCACCACCACCGAGCCACCAGCAACAACAGUUUCAUCACGGGGGCAAUUCACCGCAGGGCCCUUAUCAGCUCGGUCAAGAACCUCGUCUGAUAACCAGCCACUUUGGCGUACAACAAAACCCUGAGACCAUCUCCCAGCUUUCGCACGAAUCGCCGAUAACCGACCCUGAUCAGAGGUCUGCCAAUCAGCAGCAGUCGGCGCAGAGCUCCCCCGCCGUGCACUACGCCUCUGCCCAGGACCUAGAUCCGUCCCUGUCGACUCCUAACCCGCCUCCCGUCCAGCAGGUGACCAAUACACAAGCCCAAGCCCUGCAACAAUCUGCGAUGGCUCCUCCCGGAGGCGCCUCGGCCCCGAGUCGACGCCUGGACAACGAAAAGGCUCUCCGAGGCCAGAUCGAGCCGCCACCGGGCCCGCCGCCCGGGUAUCGCCAAGGCGGCGUGCCCAUGAACGUCAUGAGCCCUCUUCCGCCCCCACACGGCCAGGGUGGCCCCCAAAACCCCGCCUACCGAAGUGAUCGAGCAUCGCAGUUUGAAGGGUCAGGUGUCGUCGAGCAGGGGCGAAACAGCCCGCAGCCGUCAAACCCCGACCGCGAUGCCGACCCAGACAAGCAGUUCAAGGAUCUCCUCACGAAGUACAAGAACGUGAAGCGACUCUACUUUGACGGCAAGUCCCAAAUAGAGCAGCUCACGAGCCAGGUUGAGACACUCCAAAACGCCGUUGCGAAUCAACGCAUGUCGGCGUCCCGUACGGCGUGGGACGACAACGAAUAUACCACCCGAUUCAACCGCCUCAAUGGUGCCAUCAACAACCUAGCGUUCAACAUCCGCAAGGACUGGCGCAGCCUGCCGCAAUGGCUCGAAGGUUACGUGAGCGCCGACGCGCUCAAGACGGGCAAACAGGAGAUGACCGCGGUUGGCCGAGCCAUUGUCUCGAGAUGGCUCGUAGAUGAGAUAUUCAACAAGUGCUUUCACCCUGCGCUCGACCCGCAGCUCAGCUCCCAGCUCAAGGAGAUUGAGCUUAGCAUCCGGGGCAACGCCUACACGAUGCACAGCCAAGCAGAGUUCGACGCGCUGACGACCAAGGUGGUGAACUGGAGGAUGGCAACGUUGGAUGGCCUGCAGAAGAAGUUCAACUCGGCGACGGACAACAGAGCGAUGUUUACGAGCAAAGCGACGUCAGACCUGACUGCACACCUCUAUCAGCAUCUAAGCAGCCCCCCGCCUGCCGGAGUUGAAGGCAGCACGUCCAUGAUCGCGGAGCUGGCAGUGGCGAUCGCGUCGAGCCUUCCACUAGAGAGCCGUGAUGUAGCCAUCAUGUACCCUCUGCCUGGGGAGAUAGUGCAGCCGCACCUGAUGGAGGUUGAGAAGACGGGCCUGCCGGUCCUUGAGAACCAAAAGACCGAGGCAGACGCAGGCGGGGACGACGACGACGACGAACCGGAUAAGGAAAAGGACAAGAACGGCCGGAUGCGAGGUGACAAGGUCAAGGCCGGUAUGUUGACAAGCGGGCCCAUGAAAGCUCUCGAGACGGGCCGGAACGGCAGUAACGCGUCGCUUGCCGAACGCAUGAGUACUGACAGGGACACUCAUGCAGGACUUCCCAACGACGCUGGCAACGUGCGGCUCGCGGGGUUCGUUGCGUUGGAAGUUAGGGGCCGCCAGGUGCUGAUCAAGGCGCCGGUGUGGACGAUCUGAAGGGCCUUGUGGAUUGGAGCGCAUUGAUGGGAGUCCAGCAGCGACGAAUUGACAUCGGAACGGUGACGGAGGAUAAGACGUGUGCAUUUUCGAGUUGGCGAGAUGUCAUGAUGAUAAAAUGGGCCGAGGCGAUACCAGGAACUCAAUAGGGUGCACGGAAGGUGGCCAGGAGUUGGCCACGGGAUUGCAUCAUGGCGGCGUGGAGCGAUGCAGUGCCUCGCAUUGCGGUACGGUAUAAGGCAGAUUCCUGUUACCAAAGAGAUGCAUAUCUGAGGGCUGAGCGCUUUCAAGUGGUGCGUCGGUAUGCGCGCAGGACCGCGAUGGGGUGGACGCGACGAUGUGAAGGCUCGGUGGACGUGUUGUGUAGAAUGGGGACGCAAAAGUCAAUUGGCGCCACGGCUGUGAGCACCGAGAUGCUGUGACGACACUAGUAGUAAUACAAGGUGAGAAUCACAUCCAGCCAA